UGAAACGAAGAGGUAGCAACGCCAUUUUCGUUUCAGCUGAGCGAGCAGAGAAAGUCUCCCUCCCUCUCGUUUCUCUCUCUCUUUUCCGGCACUAUCGCCGUCGCAAUGUCGACCCCGCUCCCGUCUUUCACACCCGCCCUCGGGAUCCCGGCCCCGUCGCCUCCUUCGUCCGGGAAGCCCGACCCGAAACCCGCCUCCACGAACUGGUGGGCCCCGCUCUUCGGGUGGCCCUCCGAGCCGACCCACGUCGCCCCCACGGCGGCCCCCGACGGCUGCGGCGACCGCCCGGAGAAGUCCGGUCCGGAGGCCCGGAAGGCAGGGCCCAGAUCCAGGUUCGCGCCGGGCUGCUUCACGGAGGAGAAAGCGAAGCAACUCCGGAGGAAGACCAGGGAGGGGUCGAGCUUCCACGACGCAAUGUACCACUCGGCCAUCGCGAACCGGCUCGCUUGGGACUGACCGGGCAUGUCCGACGAGCGGAGAUUGAAGGAGCACGGGUCAAGGUAUGCAUGCAUGCCUACUGUUUUUUUUUUUUAUCUGGGUUUGCCAUGUCGAAAUGAAAGAAAGAAGUGAUUCUUCUUCUUCUUCUUAUUAACUAAGUAGUUCUUGCCUAGUGGAGGUUCGAUUUUUGGAGGAACUUCUUGUCUGGUACUCAUGUCCUCGUCAGUAAAUCUGAAUAAGUUGAUGAUGAACUACUCUGCAACGACGCAAGUUGCUGUACGUCCUAAUUAAUGUGACCCAUGGCUUCUGUUGAGUAUUCUC